CCUAUCCGGAACCAAUAAUCUGUACUCUCCAAGGCUACUCCGGAUCCCUUUAAGGGAUGCACUAUCGCCGCAACACGCUGCGCACAGUCAAAUCACCUGUUAUGUGUUUAAUACUGUGUGACAGCUGAUAUAAGAAAACAAACUUUAUUUUCCUUUAUUUGUGUCACUCGUUGAAAGUAAUUGCUGCUUAUCAUCGGAGGUUUUGAUUGUCAUAUUAGCUUAGCGUCAGCAGCUAGCUUCACUUUAUAUUAGACUGUCAACACCGCCAACUACAGCAGAUACACAGUAAGUGGGGAGAAUGGAAAAGGCUGCAGAAGAACCAAAUGCAAAGGGGACAGACGGCGUUGUUAAGGGGGAGGCAGCCCUCAAGCCCCAGUUCAUCACCACCAAGGAGAAAUUCCACCAAUCUGUGGAUGCUGAGUGGCAAAGCUCCAAGGCGGCUAAAACCGUGGAGGCAGCCGAGGAGUCAAAGGAGACGCCCGUGGAGGAGCCGGAAACCAAAAAGCUCAAAUUAGACCCAGAGGAGAACAGUACAGGCCGUAAGCCGCAUGGUAAACGUCUCCGGGGUCAGAACAAGUCCAGGCCGCACAAGAAGCCAACCACCUACGAUGAGAAAAGGCUGUGUCUGUCAGUUAUCCAGGACAACAGGGACUGUCCCUUUGGAGACAAGUGCCACUUUUACCACGACGUCGCCGCCUAUCUGGCCACCAAGCCUGCUGACAUCGGGGAGAGCUGCCACGUCUACAACACGUUCGGGAAGUGCGCCUACGGUCUCACCUGCCGCUUCGCCAAGGCGCACACCACUGCCGACUUCCAAACCAUGGAGAACGGCCUCCUGGUCAAAGCCAACGAGGGCAGGACGGCGGUGAGGAACAGCCUGAGUAAGGAGCUCCAGAAUCGGCUGAGGAAACAUUCCGAGGUGUUCAGGAAGUCUGCAGAGUACCUGAAAACCAUUUCGAACAAAAAAGAAGAGCAAGGCCACGGUUCAGCGCCGCCUGGUUCAGACGCCGAGUCGCAGGCCAGCACGGCCAAAGCGGCCCCAGUGAAGACAGUCGGCGCGUUGACCGACGCGGACGUCAUCAAGCUGCGCCCGUGUGAAAAAAAACAGGUGGACUUCAGAGACAAACUCUACCUCGCCCCCCUAACAACAUGUGGGAACCUGCCCUUCCGCCGCGUGUGCAAGCGUUUCGGAGCAGACAUCACCUGCGGCGAGAUGGCCAUGUGCACCAACCUGCUGCAGGGCCAGCAGUCCGAGUGGGCCCUCCUCAAGAGGCACGAGAGCGAGGACCUGUUUGGAGUCCAGGUGGAGGGCUGCUUCCCCGACACCAUGACGAGGUGCGCCGAGCUCAUCAACAACAACACCGACGUGGACUUUGUGGACAUCAACUCGGGAUGCCCCAUCGACCUGGUGUACAAGAAGGGCGGAGGCUGCGGCUUGAUGACCCGCACUCGCAAGUUUGAGCAGAUAGUCAAGGGCAUGAAUCAUGUGCUGGACGUCCCUUUGACGGUCAAGAUCCGCACGGGCGUGCAGGAGAAAAGCAACGUGGCACAUAAGCUCAUCCCAGAGAUGAAGAGCUGGGGCGUCUCCAUGAUCACGCUGCAUGGCCGUUCCAGGGAGCAGCGCUACACCAAACUGGCGGACUGGGACUACAUCGCCGCCUGCUCCAAGCUGGCCAGCCCCGUCCCGCUCUUCGGGAAUGGAGACAUUCUGUCCUACGAGGACGCCGUGAGAGCCAAAGAGACGGGGGUUUCUGGAAUUAUGAUUGCAAGGGGUGCUCUGGUUAAGCCCUGGAUCUUCACCGAAAUCAAGGAGAGCCGCCACUGGGACAUCUCCUCCGGCGAGCGACUGGACAUCCUCAGGGAUUUCACCAACUUCGGCCUGGAGCACUGGGGCUCGGACACGCGGGGCGUGGAGAAGACCCGCACCUUCCUGCUGGAGUGGCUGUCCUUCAUGUGCAGGUAUAUUCCGGUGGGCCUGUUGGAGCGAGUGCCUCAGAAGCUCAACGAGAGACCUCCGUACUACCUGGGCAGGAACUACCUGGAGACGCUGAUGGCCAGCCAGAAUGUCGGGGACUGGAUCAGGAUGAGUGAAAUGCUCCUGGGACCCGUACCGCAACACUUCAACUUCCUGCCCAAACACAAAGCCAACUCAUACAAAUGAUGAUUAUUAUGAUUAUUAUUAUGAUUAUUAUGAUUAUUAUGAUUAUUAUGAUUAUUAUGAUUAUUAUUAUUAUUAUUAUUAUUAUUAUUAUUAUUAUUAUUAUUAUUAUUAUGUGCCGCCUGCAUUUUUUGGCAAGUUGUCUGAGAGACAACUUCCUGUUUGGGUACACAUGUAAUGUGUAAUAAAGUUUUUU